CAACUUUCGGGGGCAUUAAGGAGCGUGAAUCCUUGCGGCCUUUCGCCUUCUUUUUUCGGAGGCUCUUUGCCUUUCGUUUUAUUGUUAUUAUGCCAUGUUGAGCGGCCUUUUUUUGGAGGAGGUGUGGCAUGCGUGUAUGUGGCAUACAAUUACACAACAUGGGGAUGGGUCGGAAUGGGGCGGUAUGGGGCGGGCAGACCAAACAUUUGUUACCCCAAACAAAAUGGCUACAUAGCCAUUUCCGCCAAAUUUCCACAUGGAAGGCUUUACACCCAUCUCGGCGCUUUUGUUUGGAUUAUUAUAUUCGCGUUUCUCAUGCGCACAGCUUUGAGCCAUUCAUUCUUUCGGUUCCAGCCCUUCUGUUCCGCCCGCUCCAGUUUUUUCGGAUGCGGAGGAUUGUUUCAAAUAUUUAUUCGAAAUCCUCAGACCGAAAUGGGGGACAGAUGUAGUCCGUGUAGCGUGGCUGAUGUAUUUUUUAUGUCGCGGCGUUGUUUUUAUUGCUUUUAAAUUGCGCUCGAUACAUUCUUGGGCGGAACAGGGAGACUUACCCAAUCUAUUUGCAAUUUGUCUCGGCCGGGUGCUGGCUCAGGCAUUCUGUUUUAAGUAGGCCUGUGGCACACACGUUAAUCAUUUUCGACACUUUCGUUUCGGGGGUAACACAAAAUUAACACAGCAUUGACACAAACACUCUACACACGCACCACACCACACCACACCUACACCCACACUAUAAUCAUAAAAAAAAAAAACAAAAAAAAAACUAAAUAAGUGCAAACAAGAAAAGCCACAAUGAAUCGCAUCGACCUCACUAUGGACGACAUGGCCAAUACAAAAUUUCUUACGGUGUACAACAGUCUCUUCAAGACCUUCACCUCCUCGACCGACUUCACCUACAACGAGGUGGUCAGCCUACUGACCGUCUUCUACAAGUUCACUCUCCACAACGGCACCCGGCAGAUGUCCACCCGUCAGAUGUACAACCUCUGUCUGGUCAUGUUCGACAUCUUCGAUGUCCAGAUCAUCGAUCGCAUCUCGAUGAACAUCACGUCGGAUGGGCGCUUCAUCUCGCCGGAAGCUUGGAUGAAGGUCUUCGGGGUGUCUCUCAACGGAAACUUUGAGGCACGCAUGCGAUUCGCUUUUGACGUGUAUACAAGUGCUGGCACUGUGUCUCUAAAUCGUGAGGUCGUUGGCUUGGCCAUUGAAAAAUUCUUUUACGGUGAUGAUGACGACGAAGUCAAUGAAUUGCGAGCAGACAUGGUUGAAUUUCUAUUUGGAAAAUUCGACCAAGACAAAGAUGGCGUAAUUUCAUUCGAAGAGUAUUCUGUAGUUGUCUCGCGGCAGCCCGGACUGUUGGAGUUUCUGGGGAAGAUAUAUCCAGAUAAGCGAGAUAGAACCUUGAUUGCCUACUGUCACAAUAUCGAGUCUCUAUUUCCGCCAGAAGAUUAACUUCAAAUAAAAUUUAAUUCUUGUGGAACAAA